CCUGACCCGGAAGUGACGUGUCUGAGCCGAGCUGCUGAUCAUGUGAAUGGGAUUUCAGCUUAGUGAUACAUACAGAGUUUUUGUCUGCAGAGAUGUUUAAUGAUCUGGACUAUGAACUAGAAGAAGACAAACUUGGGAUCCCAACAGUUCCUGGGACAGUGACAUUGAAGAAGGACCUUCAGAAUGUUAUUGGAAUUAGCAUAGGAGGUGGUGCCCAGCACUGUCCAUGCCUUUAUAUCGUUCAGGUAUUUGAUAAUACCCCUGCUGCACUGGAUGGCACAAUUGCUGCAGGCGAUGAAAUCACUGGGGUGAAUGGGAGAUCUGUUAAAGGCAAGACCAAAGUGGAAGUGGCUAAGAUGAUACAGAAUGUAAAGGGAGAAGUGACCAUUCAUUAUAAUAAAUUGCAAGCAGAUCCGAAGCAGGGGAAGUCAUUGGAUAUUGUUUUAAAAAAAGUGAAGCACAGACUGGUAGAAAACAUGAGCUCAGGCACUGCAGAUGCUCUUGGCUUAAGCAGAGCCAUCUUGUGUAAUGAUGGUUUGGUAAAAAAGCUUGAAGAAUUGGAGAAAACAUCUGAAUUCUAUAGAGGUAUGAUGGAACACACCAAGCGACUAUUAAGAGCUUUCUUUGAUCUUUCUCAGACACACAGAGCUUUUGGGGAUGUUUUCUCAGUCAUUGGUGUCAGGGAACCUCAACCAGCUGCAAGUGAGGCAUUUGUGAAGUUUGCUGAUGCACAUCGCAACAUUGAAAAGUUUGGGAUUGGUCUUUUAAAAACUAUCAAACCAAUGCUGAGUGAUUUAAACACUUAUCUAAAUAAAGCAAUUCCUGACACUAAGUUGACUAUCCGUAAAUACCUUGAUGUAAAGUUUGAAUAUUUGUCCUACUGCUUGAAAGUGAAAGAGAUGGAUGAUGAAGAAUACAGCAGUAUUGCACUGGGAGAACCUUUAUAUCGUGUUAGUACUGGUAAUUAUGAAUAUCGUUUAAUCCUGCGGUGUCGGCAGGAAGCACGUUCACGUUUUGCAAGGAUGCGAAAGGAUGUCUUGGAGAAAAUUGAACUUCUUGACCAGAAACACGUUCAAGAUAUUGUGUUCCAGCUCCAACGCUUUGUCUCUGCCAUGUCCAAAUAUGAUGACCAGUGCUUUGAAGUCCUGAAAGAGGCAGAUAUUUUCCCUAUUGAGGUGGAUCUGGCUCGCACUACCCUCUCUUAUGGCCAGGUUAAUUCAAUUACCGAUGAAGCUGAUGAAGACGACCUUGAGAAGAUGACUGAGGCAGAGAAUGGGGAAAAACUCAUUAAUGACCAAUGACUUCAAAUGUUGUUUUUUAUAUAUAGAAAGAUUUGAACUGUAUUUAUUAAUCUUCUUUGCUCAUAUGUACAUUGUAUCACUUCAACACUGGAGUAAUGAGAAUAUAAAAUGUCUAGUUAAUGUUUUUAUUCUUAACUGUUGCAGGAGAUGCCGCUGUUCACUGCAAAUGUAAAAAUACAUUUCAAUGCAUUUAA